AAAUGUCUUUACUGUCACUUUUCAUCAACUUAAUGCGUCCUUGCUGAAUAAAAGUAUUAAUUUGUUUUCUUUUAUAUCUUACUAUCUUAAAACGUUUAAGUAUCACAGUUUAUUCAACAUAAACUAUAUAAUAAUCAGAAAUGUUUGUUGAGCAGCAAAUCAGCAUAUUAGAAUGAUUUCUGAAGAUCAUGUGACACUGAAGACUGCAGUAAUGAUGCUGAAAAUACAGCUGUGCAUCACAGAAAUAAAUUACAGUUUAACACGUAUUCACAUAGAAAACAGCUGUUUUAAGUUCUAAUAAUAUUUCACAGUUUUUACUGUAUUUUUGAUCAAAUAAAUGCAGUCUUGGUGAGCAGAAGAGACUUCUUUAAAAGACUAUUAAAACAUUACUGACCCCAAAAUGUAUUAAAGUCAUAGUUCGACCAGAAGUGAUCUUUCUGCAAUAAUUUACUCACCUUUAUGUUGUUACAAACCUGUCGGCUGUCUUUAUCCUGUGGAUGCCAAAAGAAGACAUUUCAAGUGUAAAUGCAAUGAAACCUGUAGAUUUUCAACAAUAUCCACCUUAUUGUUAAACGCAGAAGCAAGCCUGAGGGCGAGACCUCCGGUUCAUUAGCCGCUGUAGGGAAAUAAUGAGGAGAAUAACAGUGCAGUAAAUGGUAAAACUGUUUGCAUUACAAACCAGUGUGUUCAUAAUUAAGAUAAUACAUUAAAAUAAUAAGGUAAAUCACACCAAUUUGCAAUAUCGAGCAGCAAAAUGAGCAGUUUUGUACAGUUAGAAAUAGCUGGAAGUGAAUGAGACUGGAAGCAAGACCCAUAAAAUUUACAAAUGGUUAGGACAGAAUGAGGUGGAUGAGAUGAUAGAGUCGUUCUGUGAAUGUUAUCGUCGGUGUCUGGGCUCCCGGACCGGACUGUGAUCUGGGAGACACCAGAGCUGUCGGCGUAUCUGCACUCCUCCCCAUGGACUCCAGGGGUCGCUGUCGUCAGCCAUAAGAGCUUCAGCAGCACCGCCAGCCUCUUCCACUUACCUGAGGACGCAUUUCUGCAUCUGCUCCUGGGCGCAAGAUCAGUGGCGCACCUGCUGUGUGAGAGUCUGGCGGUGCAGCGCUGCGCUUUGGUCCAUACGCCGCACAAACGGGCCGGAGCCGAGCUCCACGUGGUGCCGCUGCACGGCCUGCAGUCGGAGUGGAAGCCUCACCUCGCUGCGCAGGAGGAUUUCCAGGCGUAUGAUCCCGGAUAUGUCAGCUCCAAGAGCGGGCCGCGCUGGACGGAUGCAGAUCUGGAGGCAGUCAGGAGCCAAAUCCGGGCCCAGCUGCCAAACCCGAACGCAGCGCCCAACUACACCUUCCUGGGCGAUCCGUCCGACCCCGGGCUGUUCCCACGCAUUGUGCGCGGAGAAGAGAAGCAGUGGAGAGUUUGGGAAGAUGAAGAGCAUGUGGCCUUCCUCACGCCGUUCCCUAACACGCCCGGACUGACCGUUCUGGUCCCGCGGAAGCCCCUGUCCAGUGACAUCUUCCGGCUGGAGGAGGGCGACUAUCGGCAGCUGGCGCUGGCCUCCCGGAAGGUGUCCCGGCUUCUGGAGGCGGGGCUUGGCGCCUGGGGGAUGGGGCUUAUUUUUGAGGGCUUUGAGAUCGAUUACGCUCAUGCUAAGCUGAUUCCGCUCACCUCUUCGCCUGAUGAAGCAGAGAUGAGCCUCAGCUGUCCGGCUCCGGAGUUCUUUGACCGCUAUCCGGGUUACGUGACGUCCGUCAGCGGCCCGCCGGCCAGCCAGGAGACUCUCCACGAGAUCUGUGCCAGAGUUUCCCAGCGCUAGGGUUGCAAAAAAGGUGGUAAAUUUCCAAUUUCAGAAACAUUCCAGUAAUUUUGGAAACUUUUUAGGACUUUUUGAAAUCUUCCAGGAAUUUUGGGAAUGUUUUUGGAAAUUUACCAGAAAUAUUCCACCGCUUUGCGACCCUAGCGCUAACCGCUUUCUGCCGAUUUAAUCAGUAAUGUUUAUAGUAAUGGCCCAAAUAACUAGUAUAAUAAUAUCGGCCGAUAUUUUACAUUUUUCAAAUACCGGUAUUGGCCAAUGUGUUCAAGACGGGACUUUUAUUUUGACAGCGCUGAGAACAGCAGCACCUGGUCACACACACUGCAAACAAUGAUUUUCUUCUUUCGUCUUGUUUUCUAGUAUAAAUAUCUACAAAUUCUGGAAUUAAGAUGCGUUUACUUGACAAGUAAAAUGACUGAAGAUAUUAUGUCUUGAUUUAUGAAAAAAUUAUCCAAAUUUUGUUAGAUUUUGCUUCAAACAAGUAAAAAUAUCUGCCAGUGGGGUAAGAAAAAUAAUCUUGGUUAGCCUUUGAAUUAAGAUUAUUUUCUUACCCCAUUGGCAGAUAUUUUUGAUUGUUUUAAGCAAAAACUAACAAAAUUUGGAUAAAAUUUUCAGAAAACAAGACAAAAUAAGUAAUUUUACUCAUCAAGUAAACGCAUCUUAAUUCCAUAAUUUGUAGAUAUAUAUACUAGAAAACAAGUCAAAAAUACUAAGAAAGAAAAUCAUUUUUUUGCAGUGCAGCGCUCAUUCUCCCUCUUCAUUGUUUGCUGUCACAGUUUAACAGUUCUUUCUAAUACGGAUAAAAGUCUGUCUAAUAAUCACAUAGAAUGUCAAACAAAGGAAUUAAAAAGUAAACAAAAAAAGUAUUAUAACAAUUGCUUUUAUAUUAUUAGUAAUAGAAAAGCAAACAUAAUACUUCCUUGUUUACUGUCAGAAUUCAGCAAAUACGCAUUUAUAUCAUUUAAACAGAUCUUUUAAUGUCUAAUAAACAUUUAAUUUCACUUAGUUGGACUUCCAGCUGUGAGUUCUUGUGAAGUGUGUAUUUGUGUCCUGCAUGAUCGCGUGUUCUCUGCGUGACGAACCGAAUGCUGACACGAGGAGUUCAGCUUCCACAAACUCAUGAUUUCAAACUAUGCUGCGCUUUAUCCACUUGCCCACUGUCACGUUCAUGUCAUUUUCACUGCGUGCUGUACAAAAAACGAGUGUUACCUUGUCAUUAUUUGCAAAAACAAUUAUUCCCAAUGCACACAGACUUCCCAGAUUACUGAGCGCCCUGCUGGUUACAGUGUUUGCUUCCAUUUUAUUCAUAUAUAUAUUUUAAAAUAUUUCUUUAUUUGUGAAAAAUACUGUAAUAGGAUCACAGAAUCAAGUAGUUGUCAUCUAAAGUAUAAGUAUGUUUAUUUUACACACUUGUCAUUUUCAAAUUAUUUCAAAUUUCAUAAAUAUUAAUUAGAAAAAAUAAAAAUGAUAUAUAUCGGCCUCCCUGUUCUCUAAGAUAUCGGCAUUGGCUGUCAAAAAAACAAUAUCGGUUGACCACUAGAAAUAACUAUAUACACAUUUGUGAAAAUGAUUGAUUUUUAAGGAGAUCUUAGCUGUUCCUCGAUGCCAAGUACACAAAGUUCAGACGUCCGGUAAUUCUACAAAUGGAACAGCGGUGUACUCGAUAGCGUCACUCAGCUCGCCUCCAGUUAUUUUUCAUUGGAGGUGUAUUUACAAUAAAAUGAAG